AUGCCCGCCGAAGGAGUCUACUUCAGCCCCAGCGGCAAAAAGACCUUCAUCCCCAUCGAAAACAACCCCGACGUCUUCACCCCGCUCAUCCACGACCUCGGCAUCUCCCCCGAACUCGGCUUCUACGACGUCUACUCCCUCGACGAACCCGCCCUCCUGUCCCUCAUCCCGCGCCCCGCCCUCGCGCUCAUCUUCAUCACCCCCUCGCCCAUGUACCACCAGGUCCGCGCGCAGGACGGCACCCGCCUCGCGCACGACGGGGUCACCUACGCCGGCGCCGGCGCCGGCGAGCCCGUGACAUGGUUCCGCCAGACGAUCGGCAACGCGUGCGGGCUCUAUGCUCUGAUUCACGCAGUAGCCAACGGGGAGGCGCGGGAGUUUGUGAGCAAGGGGAGUCUGAUGGAUCGGUUGUUGGAGAAGGCGGAGCCGUUGGGCUGGGAGGAGAGGGCGGCGGUGUUGUAUGAGAGCGAGGAGCUGGAGGAGGCGCAUAUGAAGGCGGCGCGGAGGGGGGAUACGUACGUGCCGCCGGCGGAGGAGAAGCCGGGGUACCAUUUUAUUGCGUUUGUGAGGGGGAAGGAUGGGCAUUUGUGGGAGCUGGAGGGGGGCAGUGAUGGGCCUGUGGAUCGUGGGGUGUUGGGGGAGGGGGAGGAUAUGUUGAGUGAGGGGGCGUUGGGGAGGGGGGUGAAGCGGUUUAUUGGGUUUGCGGAUGGGAAUUUGGAGUUUAGUGUUGUUGCGUUGGCGAAGAAGGAGGAGUGA